AUGACUGAUGUCACUUCCUGUUUCCUGAAGAUGACAGUGCAGGGUGGGUGGCCUCCCUCUGCCCUGUGUGCGUGGGUGGUACUGCUCCUGUUGGUGGUCUCAGGCGAACCCUACCGGACCCCCUACGACCAGGAACAAGAUCAGAACAGAGAGAGAACAGACCACAGGACAGACCCCAGGACAAACCCCAGGGUCUACCACAGAGAUGCCAGGUACUACUGCAUACUACCCCUCUGAUACUACCUGUCCAAGUGGCACCAUACAUUUAACAUUUUAGUCUUUUAGCAGAUACUCUUAUCCAGAGCGACUUACAGGAGCAAUUAGGGUUAAGUGCCUUGCUCAAGGGCACAUCGACAGAAUUUUCACCUAGUCGGCUCGGGGAUUUGAACCAGCGACCUUUCGGUUACUGGCACAACGCUCUUAACCACUAAGCUACCUGCCGCGCCACCAUAUUACCUAUAUAGUGCACUACCAUUGACCAGGCUCCCUAUAUGGGCCAAAAGUAUUGCAUAAAAUAGGGAAUAGGGUGCUAUUUGGGAUGUAUUGACAUUGUUUUCUAUGGCCCCUGGUAGUGAGGUAAGGGGUAAAGACUGUCUGCGGUGUUGUGACCCUGGAGAGCAGCCCCCUCCUCAGUAUGCCAACCCCCACUACCCACAACAGUACCCACAGUACCAGGCAGUGCCACAGAUCAACAUCACCAUCCUCAAAGGUAGGUGGGUCACCUGCACUACUACUCACUACCACAUUAAGUUAAGUUCAAGUUAAGGAACUUGAAUUGAUGUACUUAAACUUAACCUUGUUCCCAGGCUCAAUUUCUAGAGAGAGCUGGUUGGUGGACGCAAUUAACUUGAAUUUAACUUCAACCGUUUGCAGCAUCUGAAUCACUAGGGAACAGCACUUUCCAUUUAAAAGGUUGCACAAGAACAUCAAAUGAGUGGUCCAGUGUAGCAGAAAGCAGAUUGGUUCACUUGCCUUAAAGGGUCGAAUAGCAAAUGGGUCUGAAGUUAGCAGCUGAAGGUCGCAACUAGCAACUGCACACAAGGCUUUCGAGAGUCAGCGAGACUCUCAUACCUUUGUAACCAGAAUAAUGUCUCUGCCAAGAUCAGUUCAGGGUCAGGAUAAACCACACAGGCAUGCAGGGUCUGUGGCAAGCAGGGUGAGCUUGGUGACUCUCCACAAAGAUGAGACGGGACAAAAGCUUUGGGUUUGUGGGUUAGUAAAUUGUUUCCCAGGGUUAGAAAAAGUAGUGGGUUAGGCCUCACUGGUGGGUUGUGAAAAGUUUCUACUGGGUCUCAGCUUUAAGACUGGACUGCAUCUGCAUUCCAAAUGGCACCCUAUUCAAUACAUAGUGCCUAUGGGCCCUGGUCAAAAGAAGUACACUAUAUAAGGAAUAGGGUGCCAUUUGGGACUCAGGCUGUGUCUUGGGGGAUAAUGAUGAGGUGAUUAAAGGCUUUGGUAGAAAACAUGUUUGGGAACCAGUGGGUUAGGAGAGGGGACAACAGCUGUGGGUAUUUGUAUCUGCCACGUUACAGUGAGGGGAAAAGUAUUUGAUCCCCUGCUGAUUUUGUACGUUUGCCCACUGACAAAGAAAUUAUCAGUCUAUAAUUUUAAUGGUAGGUUUAUUUGAACAGUGAGAGACAGAAUAACAACAAAAAAAUCCAGAAAAACGCAUGUCAAAAAUGUUAUAAAUUGAUUUGCAUUUUAAUGAGGGAAAUAAGUAUUUGACCCCCUCUCAAUCAGAAAGAUUUCUGGCUCCCAGGUGUCUUUUAUACAGGUAACGAGCUGAGAUUAGGAGCACACUCUUAAAGGGAGUGCUCCUAAUCUCAGUUUGCUACCUGUAUAAAAGACACCCGUCCACAGAAGCAACCAAACUCUCCACCAUGGCCAAGACCAAAGAGCUCUCCAAGGAUGUCAGGGACAAGAUUGUAGACCUACACAAGGCUGGAAUGGGCUACAAGACCAUCGCCAAGCAGCUUGGUGAGAAGGUGACAACAGUUGGUGCGAUUAUUCGCAAAUGGAAGAAACACAAAAGACCUGUCAAUCUCCCUCGGCCUGGGGCUCCAUGCAAGAUCUCACCUCGUGGAGUUGCAAUGAUCAUGACAACUGUGAGGAAUCAGCCCAGAACUACACGGGAGGAUCUUGUUAAUGAUCUCAAGGCAGCUGGGACCAUAGUCACCAAGAAAACAAUUGGUAACACACUACGCCGUGAAGGACUGAAAUCCUGCAGCGCCCGCAAGGUCCCCCUGCUCAAGAAAGCACAUAUACAGGCCCGUCUGAAGUUUGCCAAUGAACAUCUGAAUGAUUCAGAGGAGAACUGGGUGAAAGUGUUGUGGUCAGAUGAGACCAAAAUCGAGCUCUUUGGCAUCAACUCAUCUCGCUGUGUUUGGAGGAGGAGGAAUGCUGCCUAUGAACCCAAGAACACCAUCCCCACCGUCAAAAAUGGAGGUGGAAAUAUUAUGCUUUGGGGGUGUUUUUCUGCUAAGGGGAAAGGACAACUUCACCGCAUCAAAGGGACGAUGGACGGGGCCACGUACCGUCAAAUCUUGGGUGAGAACCUCCUUCCCUCAGCCAGGGCAUUGAAAAUGGGUCGUGGAUGGGUAUUCCAGCAUGACAAUGACCCAAAACACACAGCCAAGGCAACAAAGGAGUGGCUCAAGAAGAAGCACAUUAAGGUCCUGAAGUGGCCUAGCCAGUCUCCAGACCGUAAUCCCAUAGAAAAUCUGUGGAGGGAGCUGAAGGUUCGAGUUGCCAAACGUCAGCCUCGAAACCUUAAUGACAUGCAGAAGAUCUGCAAAGAGGAGUGGAACAAAAUCCCUUCUGAGAUGUGAGCAAACCUGGUGGCCAACUACAAGAAAUGUCUGACCUCUGUGAUUGCCAACAAGGGUUUUGCCACCAAGUACUAAGUCAUGUUUUGCAGAGGGGUCAAAUACUUAUUUCCCUCAUUAAAAUGCAAAUCAAUUUAUAACAUUUUUGACAUGCGUUUCUCUGGAUUUUUUUGUUGUUAUUCUGUCUCUCACUGUUCAAAUAAACCUACAAUUAAAAUUAUAGACUGAUCAUGUCGUUGUCAGUGGGCAAACGUACAAAAUCAGCUGGGGAUCAAAUACUUUUUUCCCUCACUGUAUAUGUAUUGGAUGCUGAGAAUGUGAAAACAGAUGUGGUACUGUAACUUAUAUGGUGAAUGAUCGCUAGCUAUGCAAAGCAGUGGGCAAAUCUGUGUCAGACACAAACACAAUAAUUUAUCUGUAGUCUUGACAUAAAUCAUGAACUUUGACUGCAUCCACUGACCUGAGGUAUUCUCUUCUUAAUGCCUUGAAAAAGGUCUCAGAAACGUUAACAAUAGAUGUGCAGCGGAAAAAUUGCAUGUGCUGGAGUUUUUCUAACAUUUCUACUUCUUCCUCCUCCAGGUGAGAAGGGGGACAGCGGCCAGCGAGGACCCUACGGUAAAUCCGGCAAGUCCGGCCAGUCCGGCCCCCGAGGGCCCAAUGGCAUCAAGGGCACCAAGGGGAGCAUAGGAACCCAGGGUGAACCCUGCAAGGUCCAAUACGCUGCCUUCUCCGUGGGCCGCAAGAAGGCCAUCCACUCCAACGACUACUACCAGACCUUAGUGUUCGACACCGAGCUAGUCAACCUCUACGGCCACUUCAACAUGUUCACCGGCAAGUUCUACUGCUACGUGCCGGGGAUCUACUACUUCAGCCUGAAUGUGCACACGUGGAACCAGAAGGAGACGUAUGUGCACGUGAUGCAUAACGAGAGGGAGGUGGUGAUCCUGUACGCUCAGCCCAGUGACCGGAGCAUCAUGCAGAGCCAGAGCCUGAUGCUACAACUGGAGCGAGAUGACCAG